CUACAUAAGGCUGCAAGUGUCUGGAGGCCCCCACGGCGAGAUAGCACCUGAGCGCGCGGGAAGGAGCAGGUGGAGGCCGAGCUGCAGGGAAGGACACCUGAUGGAUCCACACAUAUUCUCUCACACCUUUACAAAUGACCCUUCAGUCUCUGGGCAGCGUCAGACCUACCUAUGUCACGAGGUAGAAGUUCUGGAAGGUGACUCCUGGGUCCCACUGGACCACUACAAAGGCUUCCUGCGUAACCAGGUGACCACCCCAACCACCUGCAUCCAGGGCCUGCAUGGGGAGAGGGUUCUAGGGUGUGCUUGUGGUGUCCCAGCGUUUCUGUCACCUGUGCUUCCUGCAGCUGCUGUUACUCUGCCCUGGGAUGAGCCUCAGGAUAGACGCAAUGGCUGUCCAGGCCGCCACGCAGAGAUGUGCUUCCUGGACCAGGUUGGUUCCUGGCAGCUGGACCCAGCCAAGUGCUACAGGGUCACCUGCUUCAUCUCCUGGAGCCCCUGUCCCAGCUGUGCCCAGGAGGUGGCCAGGUUCCUGCAGAACAACAGCCACGUGAGCCUGUGGAUCUGUAUUGCCCGCUUCUAUGAUUUCGGUGGUAAACACGAAAGGCCGCUGCGCACACUGCACGAGGCUGGGGCCCAACUCGCCAUCAUGAUCUCUGCAGACUUUGAGCACUGCUGGGACACCUUUGUGGACCACCAGGGAAGGCCCUUCCAGCCCUGGCAGGGGCUGGGUAAGCACAGCCGAAUCCUGAGGAGAAAGCUGCGGGACAUUCUCCAGCCUCAGGAGCACUGAGGGCGGCAGCGUCUCCACAGCCUCAGACCCUGUGCGGAGCGGCAGGAUGAGGCUCCCUCUUUCAGGACAGCAAAGGGACAGUCACCGCAAUCUGCAGGUGACCUACAGACACCAGCAAAGGCGAUGAGCUCACAAGAAAUGCAUUUUUAAAAGACAAAUUAGAACUGAAUUGCUUUCAAUUGAAAAUGUAUCUUAUCUUUCAAGCAUACAGUAGAAAGAUUAUGUUCAAUAUAUCAGAAUGGUUUCAAUUUAAUAACAAAAUGAUCAUUUUAAUGGGUAUAAAUACAGAUGAAUAAAAAGAAAUAUUAAGAA